AUGGGUGAUUCUCCAAAAGCACUUUCUUAUUAUGAAAAAGCCCUUGCGAUUCAACAACAAUCACUUCAUUCUAAUCAUUCCGAUUUGGGUAACUCCUAUAUUAGCAUCGGUUUAGUGUAUGACAGCAUGCGUGAUUAUCGUAAAGCACUUUCUUAUUAUGAAAAAGCGCUUGCGAUUCAACAACAAUCACUUCCUUCCAAUCAUCCCGAUUUGGAUACCGAUAUUUCGACAUCAUCACCUUCUCGAAUUGCAUAUCAAUAUGAAACAAUUGCUUCACCCGUACGAUCGUUUUAUGAAAAUAAUACACAACAACCUACUUAUAUAUCAUUUGAAUCGAUUCCACAUUCAAUUUCAAAAGAAAUCUCAUUAACACCACCAUUUCAAAAGAAAUUACCGAUUAUCCCAGUGGCUAUUUUAGGUUUUUUAGAAAUAUUUGGUGGAUUGAUUGUUCUUGUACUUGAAAUACUUGUUUUCGAUAUUGCUGUUGGAAUUUGGUGUGGAUUGGUUUAUGCACUUGCUGGAUUGGCUACUAUUGUACUUGUGAUUUGUACGGAUCGUGAACGUCAUCAAACAUCAGCUGUUUUGAUAUUUCAAAUUGUUGCAUUAAUGUUUACGAUUACGGAAAUCUUAUUACAUAUUGAUUUUUAUCAAAAACGUUGUGUAACAAAACCAGAUCAACCAUCACGUGAAGCAUCAUAUCAAUGUCAAAUUUUACUUAGUCAAAUAGGUGGUGCUGCAAUUGUUCUUAUUAGUAGUCUUAUAUUUUCGAUAAUAUAUUUUCGAGUAACAAUUAUCGUACUUAAACAACCACAUGGAACUUUUAAUAUAUCGAAUGCAAUGAAUUUAACUUGUACAUUAAAUAACUACCGAUGGAAUACAACUGGUAUUACUGUACUGGAUAUAUCGUUUUUAUACACUCCUAGUGAUAUAUAUUUUGAUUCGAAUGACACAUUGUAUAUAGUCGAUGAAUCAAAUCAAGUUAUAGUCAAAUUAUUGAAAAACGCUUCAACUGCAACCCGUAUAGCUGGACUUGUGUUGUCAGCUGGUUCAAAUGCUAGUCAAUUUUCAACUCCUCAAGGUGUUUAUGUUGAUUCGAAAGGAAGUUUGUACGUAACCGAUUAUUAUAAUAAUAGAGUACAAAAAUUUGUGAAUGGGUCAACACUUGGAAUAACUAUGUCAGGAAUCAAUAGCUCAGCUGGCGCGGCACUAAACCAAUUUAAUGGUCUUCGAUAUUUUGCAGUGGAUGCAACAGAAACAUAUAUGUAUUUUACAGAUCCAGGUAACAAUCGCAUUAUGUCAUAUCAAAUGAAUUCAACAACAGGUACUACCGGACAACUUGUUGCUGGAGGUGCCGGAGCUGGAAAUACGAAUACACAAUUGAAUAGUCCUUGGGGAAUUUACUAUCUACCAACAAUAAGUAAUUAUUUGUAUAUAACUAACUGGGGUGGUCAUUCAGUGAUGCGAUGGAUACCAGGUGCAUCAUCAGGUCAAUUUAUUGCCGGUACAUCAGGAUCAAAUGCGACAAGUUUGAGUAGUCCCACAGGUAUCAGACUUGAUAGUUUUCUGAAAAUGUUUAUUGUUGACAGUGUAAACAGCCGAGUACAAAUGUUUUGUUAUAAUAAUCAAACUGCUACAACAAUUGCCGGUAAUGGCACUGCCGGUAAUAGUGCUACACAGCUUAGCGGACCAAGAAGUCUCGCCUUCGAUUCAUCGAUGAACUUGUACGUUAGUGAUACAGCAAAUCGUCGUAUUCAGAAAUUUGUUAAACUCUGA